GCGAGGAGGAUUAGGUGUAGGUAGGAUGAUGCUGAAGGCGUGGAAAUGGUACCAGAAUUGCCUUUCUGUUCAUCCCGUCAAGACCCAGGUCAUCAGCUCCGGCGUCCUCUGGGCUGUUGGUGACGUCACUGCUCAAUAUAUUACUCACUCCGCCGCCAAGAAGCGUCUUCAACUCUCUGCCACGGAUGAAGAACCUAAAUUUGUUAUAAACUGGAACCGCGUUGCUGUUACAAGUAUGUUUGGAUUCGGUUUCGUUGGACCUGUUGGCCACUUCUGGUAUGAGGGUUUGGACAAAUUCAUAAGACUUAAGCUUCACCUUAUGCCAAAGUCUGCGCGAGCUGUAGCCACGAAAGUAGCAAUGGAUGGCAUCAUAUUUGGUCCGAUCCAUUUGUUUGUGUUCUUUACUUACAUAGGAUUAUGCUCAGGCAAGACUAUUCCUCAGGUGAAGGAAGACUUGAAGAACAACUUUUUCCCAGCUUUGAUUGUAGAAGGUGGUGUGUGGCCAUUUGUGCAGGUCUUCAAUUUCCGGUAUGUUCCUGUGAAGUACCAGCUUCUCUAUGUGAACUUGUUCUGCCUGCUGGAUAGUGCUUUCCUCUCUUGGUUGGAGCAACAGAAGGAUGCACCUUGGAAACAGUGGUUUAAACCAUUUCAUUCUUCCCGUGAAAAAAGAAGCCAAUAAGCCAAUGCUCAUGAAAAGAUUAUUGAUAUUUUUACUCCUGGUUCUCCUCCAUGAACCUUGUUCUGGAAAUUCACUGUAGUAUCAAAAUGGUUUCUAACCCUACAUACAUACAUUGAGUAAACAUAGGUGAAACUCAACAUGAUGCAUUUAUUGAUUAGUAUUUAAAUAUUUUGUUUA